AAGACAGAUGAUGUUUCAGAGAAAACUUCUCUAGCUGAUCAAGAGGAACUGAGAACUAUAUUCAUUAAUCAGCCCCAGCUAACCAAAUUCUGCAAUAAUCAUGUCAGCACUGCAAAGUACAAUAUAAUCACAUUCCUGCCAAGGUUCCUUUAUUCCCAGUUCAGAAGAGCUGCUAAUGCAUUUUUUCUUUUUAUUGCAUUACUUCAGCAAAUACCAGAUGUAUCACCAACAGGCCGUUACACAACGUUGGUCCCUCUCUUAUUUAUUUUAGCUGUAGCUGCAGUGAAGGAGAUAAUAGAGGAUAUUAAAAGGCAUAAAGCUGAUAAUGCGGUGAACAAGAAACAAACCCAAGUACUACGAAAUGGUGCGUGGGAGAUUGUCCACUGGGAAAAGGUAGAUGUUGGAGAUAUAGUUAUAAUAAAAGGCAAAGAGUAUAUACCUGCUGACACUGUACUGCUCUCAUCAAGUGAACCACAAGCUAUGUGCUACAUUGAAACAUCUAACUUAGAUGGUGAGACAAACUUAAAAAUUCGACAGGGUUUGCCACUGACAUCAGACAUAAAGGACAUAGAAAGCUUGAUGAGACUUUCGGGCAGAAUUGAAUGUGAGAGCCCAAACCGACAUCUCUAUGACUUUGUUGGAAACAUCAGGCUGGAUGGGCAUGGUACUGUUCCAUUGGGAUCUGAUCAGAUUCUUCUACGAGGAGCUCAGUUGAGAAAUACUCAGUGGGUUCAUGGGAUAGUUGUCUACACGGGACAUGACACAAAACUUAUGCAGAAUUCAACAAGUCCACCUCUUAAAAUGUCUAAUGUGGAACGAAUUACGAAUAUUCAGAUUUUGAUUCUGUUCUGCAUCCUUAUUGCCAUGUCUUUGAUCUGCUCUAUUGGUUCAGCUAUAUGGAAUCGAAGGCAUACUGGAAGAGACUGGUAUCUUGAUCUAAAUUAUGGGGGAGCAAGCAACUUUGGAUUGAAUUUCUUGACUUUUAUCAUUCUCUUCAAUAAUCUUAUUCCAAUCAGUUUGUUGGUUACGCUUGAAGUUGUUAAAUUUAUCCAGGCAUAUUUCAUAAAUUGGGACAUAGACAUGCACUAUGAACCUACAGACACUGCUGCGAUGGCUCGUACUUCCAAUCUCAAUGAAGAACUUGGACAGGUCAAAUACAUAUUUUCUGACAAAACGGGUACCCUGACAUGCAAUGUCAUGCAAUUUAAGAAGUGUACUGUAGCAGGAGUUGCUUAUGGCCAUUGCCCUGAGCCUGAGGAUUAUAGUGUUCCUUCAGAUGAUUGGCAGGGCUCACAAAAUGGAGAAGAAAAAACAUUUAGUGACUCAUCAUUACUGGAGAAUCUUCAAAGCAAUCAUCCAACUGCACCUAUAAUAUGUGAGUUUUUGACAAUGAUGGCAGUGUGUCAUACAGCAGUUCCAGAAAGAGAAGGUGAUAAAAUUAUAUAUCAAGCAGCAUCUCCAGAUGAAGGAGCAUUGGUCAGAGCAGCCAGGCAUCUUCGUUUUGUAUUCACUGGAAGGACACCUGACUCAGUAAUCAUAGAGUCUCUAGGACAGGAAGAGAGAUAUGAACUGCUAAAUGUCCUGGAAUUUACAAGCACUAGGAAGAGAAUGUCAGUGAUAGUUCGCACACCAUCGGGAAAGUUAAGACUCUACUGCAAAGGAGCUGAUACUGUAAUUUAUGACCGUCUUGCUGAAAGUUCAAAAUACAAAGAAAUCACCUUAAAACAUCUAGAGCAGUUUGCUACAGAAGGCUUAAGAACUUUGUGUUUUGCUGUGGCUGAGAUUUCAGAAAGUGAUUAUCAAGAGUGGUUAGAUGUCUAUCACCGAGCUUCUACAGCUAUACAGAACAGAGCACUCAAACUUGAGGAGAGCUAUGAACUAAUUGAAAAAAACCUUCAGCUGCUUGGAGCAACAGCAAUUGAAGAUAAACUACAAGACAAAGUGCCUGAAACCAUAGAGACACUUAUGAAAGCAGACAUAAAAAUUUGGAUACUUACUGGGGACAAACAAGAGACUGCCAUUAACAUCGGUCACUCCUGUAAACUUUUGAGAAAGAACAUGGGACUAAUUGUUAUAAAUGAAGGCUCCCUUGAUGGAACAAGAGAGACGCUUAGCCAUCAUUGCAGUACUCUUGGUGAUGCUUUAAGGAAGGAAAAUGAUUUUGCUCUCAUCAUUGACGGUAAAUCUCUGAAGUAUGCUUUGACAUUUGGAGUGAGACAGUAUUUCCUGGAUUUAGCUUUGUCAUGUAAAGCUGUUAUUUGUUGCAGGGUAUCACCACUUCAAAAAUCCGAAGUUGUAGAAAUGGUUAAAAAACAAGUUAAGGUAGUAACUCUAGCAAUUGGUGAUGGAGCAAAUGACGUUAGUAUGAUACAAACAGCACAUGUUGGUGUUGGUAUUAGUGGGAAUGAAGGUCUACAGGCUGCUAAUUCUUCAGACUACUCAAUUGCUCAGUUCAAGUAUUUGAAGAACUUGUUGUUGGUUCAUGGAGCCUGGAAUUAUAACAGAGUAGCUAAAUGCAUCUUGUAUUGUUUCUACAAGAAUAUAGUCCUUUAUAUUAUUGAGAUUUGGUUUGCUUUUGUCAAUGGCUUUUCUGGACAAAUUCUUUUUGAAAGAUGGUGUAUAGGCCUCUACAAUGUGAUGUUUACAGCAAUGCCUCCACUAACUCUUGGAAUAUUUGAGAGAUCCUGUAGAAAAGAAAACAUGCUGAAAUAUCCAGAGUUAUACAAGACUUCCCAAAAUGCACUGGACUUCAAUACUAAGGUUUUCUGGGUUCAUUGUUUAAAUGGCCUCUUCCACUCAUUCAUUCUGUUUUGGUUUCCACUAAAAGCCCUCCAGCAUGGUACCGUAUUCGGCAAUGGUAAAACUUCAGAUUACCUGCUCCUGGGGAACACUGUAUACACUUUUGUGGUUCUAACUGUGUGUUUGAAGGCUGGAUUAGAGACCUCAUAUUGGACGUUGUUCAGCCAUAUAGCUAUCUGGGGCAGCAUAGCACUUUGGGUGGUGUUUUUUGGAAUCUACUCUUCUUUGUGGCCAGUCAUUCCUAUGGCACCUGAUAUGUCAGGAGAG